AUGUCUUGGGAUCUAAAGGGAAAGUUUGCCAUUGUCACCGGCGCUGGCAGUGGUAUCAAUCAUGCCUUUGCCGAGGAGUUACUCAACGCCGGCACUUCAGUCAUCUUCGCAGAUGUUGCUCUCCGCCCGGAAGCAGAGGCGACACUGGCCAAGUUCCCCCAUCCAUCAAAAGAUGGAGGAGCAUCUGCUAUCUACCAUAAGAUGGAUCAGUCGGACUGGUCUCAGAUAUCUGAGACAUGGGAAUUCGCCUUGAAGACGUUUGGCAAAGUAGACCUGCUAUGCCCUGGAGCUGGUAUUUGGGAACCGCCAUCGUCAUCUUUCUGGCAUGCUCCCGGUAUCUCACCUCUUGCCAAGGACGAUCCCAAAGGCAGCGGAUACAAGAUUUUCGCUGUCAACGUUGAGGGUCCGAUCCGUUUUGCCCAAAUCGCGAUUGACUACUGGCUCGAAAACAAGAUUGCUGGAAACCUCAUCUUCGUCUCGUCCCAGAGCGCAUAUUUGCCAACCAUUGGAACACCUCUCUACAAUGCUGGCAAAGGCGCCUUGACAACCUUCACUCAGAGUCUAGCCCAGCUGAAGGCACGUCUCAAUAUUCGAGUUACCGCUAUGUGUCCGUCCGUGACAUUCACGCCGGCCACUCAACAAGACUACUGCAAGGCGAAGAUCCGCGAUUUUGACAUGAACAUGACAUCAACAGAGUGUGCGAAAGUAAUGAUCCGUAUGGUCAGCGAGGAGGAGUUUGGUAACGGAGAUGUUGUUGAGGCUAUGCAGUUUGGCAAGGAGAAGUCUGAUGUCAGGGUGCGCAAAAUCCCAUUCCAUACUCUGCUCCCAGAAAUCGACUUCGACGGUGAAUUCAGCGGCAAGAACAUCAUGGCGGAAGAGGAGAAAAUCUAUGAACAGCUCAAGACGAAGGGAAUGCGUCCUUGA